AGAAUAAAACACAGAGUACAGUAGUUAACACCUUACACUUACCUGCAAUAAUUAUUUUUUGAAAUUAACGUUCCGUUGUCGCGCUUACGUUGCACAAACGUAACGGACGCAGCGGUGAGAAAUCCCUAGCGCAUCACCUCGUCUGCUCCUCAGAGCUUGAUCUCAAUGUCAAUUGAAGUUGGAAUUGAACGCCGAUUGCUAACCACAUGUUAUCGGAGCUUUUGCGUCGCAGCGUCCAGCGACCUCAGUUCCUCCUCAUCCAACAUCUGAGCGAAAGACUACUCUUAACCGGGGCAACCGCACUUUACUCACAAGCCCGCGACAAGAUGACUGACGACAUUGCCGUAGAUGCUGCCAAGAGGACGGCGGCUCGCACAGCCGUGGACCAGUGGGUGACCGAGGACACCAAGAUCCUGGGCAUCGGCAGCGGCUCCACCAUCGUGCAUGCCGUCCAGCGGAUUGCGGAACGCAGGUGGAAGGAGGGCGAGCUGGCGGAUCUCAUCUGUGUACCCUCGUCUUACCAGGCGCACCACCUGAUCUUGGACUACAACCUAAACCUGGGCGACCUGGACAGGAAUCCCAACAUAGAUGUAUCCAUCGACGGAGCCGACGAGGUGGACCGGAAAAUGGUGCUGAUCAAGGGCGGCGGCGGCUGUUUGCUGCAGGAAAAGGUGGUGGCCAACUGCGCCAAGCAUUUCAUUGUGGUGGCCGACUACACCAAGAACUCUGCCCGCCUGGGCGAGCAGUGGUGCCGGGGCAUACCCAUUGAGGUGGCCCCCAUGGCCUAUGUGCCAAUCAAGCUGCAGAUUGAGGCGCUCUUCGGAGGCGAGGCCUCGCUAAGGAUGGCCAAGGUCAAGGCUGGACCAAUUGUGACCGACAAUGGUAACUUCCUGAUGGACUGGAGGUUCAUUGCCAACCGGGAGUACGACUGGGCCGAGGUCAACACGGCCAUCACCAUGAUACCCGGCGUCCUGGAGACGGGUUUGUUUGUGAAUAUGGCCCACAAGUGUUACUUUGGCAUGGCCGAUGGCACGGUCAAGGUCCAGAAUAGGUAGACUGGCACUUAUUCUCCUUUUUCCUUAUAUAUCUAUUACGUUUUCCUGAAUAAAGUUGUGAGCAGUCA